AUGGACGAAUCAUGUAGCGUCCAAUCGGGAGACCGCAGCCUGUGCUUAGACGAAGAAGACCGCGCAUACCUCGAGGCUUUGAACGACAAAGAUGUUGUCGCUACGAAAAGCACGCCGAAUCCUCUAGGUCUCUUCUCAGUAGUGGCCUUCAUACUCCAGCAAGUCAUCGGUACUGGCAUAUUCCGAACACCAUGGACCGUUAUGCAGGCCACCGAGAGCCCGGGAAUCACGCUUUGCUUUUGGGCUUUCGGUGGGCUUGCAGCCAUCGCGGGUUCUAUAUUGUACAUCGAGUUCGGCUUGACUACACCUCGCCAUUCAAUUGAUGACGAAAGAGUGCCGGUUGUACGCAAUGGUGGAGACAUGAACUACGUGAACUACCUCAUCAAGCGACCCAAGUUCUUCGUCUUUUCCUUCUACGCGGUCAACUACGUGAUCAUUGCUUCGAGCGCAGCCAACGCAUUGACUUUCGGCGACGACAUAAUAGGCUCUCCAGGUACCGAUAGAGGUGCAGCCAAGGAUGCCGCGGCACGAUGUCUCGCGAUAAUGGCAGUAACGCUUCCAUGCUUCUUGCACGCGUUCACUCGACGUGGGGGUAUCCUUCUCAACAACGUCAUCGUCGUUGUUAAGAUCGCCAUUCUUUGUGUGUUCCCCAUCAUGGCGAUAUGUGUAUUGGCCGGUGUCGCGCAUACGAAUCACGCAACAUCCAAUAUGGGAUACAAGAACUCGUUUGCGCGGACGCACGGAAACGCCGACAGCUAUACGCAAGGCAUGCUAGCGGUCUUUUACGCCUAUGGGGGGUACAACCAAGCCAACUAUAUGAUUGUAGUCAGCGAAGAGCAACAACUUACAUCUACCGACGUAGCCCUCGCUUUCCUCAACAACGUCAUCGGCCACAAUCACGCUUCCGCAAUCCUCGCCAUCUUCACGACCAUCAACAGCUUCGGCAACGUCAUCGGCAUGACAUUCACACUUGCCCGCGCAAAACAAGAAAUAGCGAAAGAAGGCGUCCUACCAUUCGCCAAGUUCUUCGGCGAGAACCGCAUUCUCUUUCGCAAAUACCGAGAGAAACACCAUUCCAGCCAGUCAGAGCCAACACCCCUAGGCGCGCUCUUCCUCCACUGGGUAUGCGCCGUGUUUCUCAUACUGGUAACAUGGCCCAUGAAACCCUCGUCUGCGUACAGGAUCCUCGCAAACCUGUACGUGUACCUCGUCGACAUCAUCCCCACGUUCAUCAUGGCAGUCGGCAUGUUGUAUCUUCGCUUCUUCACGGAGUGGUCUCUCAAAUCGCCUCUCCCAACCUGGCUGAGUGUCACCGCUGCUCUGAUCUACGCUAUCGCGGGCGGCUUCCCCUUAGUCGCAGUCUGGAUACCGCCGUUUCAAUACUCAGACCUUGACGUUCACGACAUCAUUCCUGGGCUUCCUUGGAAAGGCAAAGAAUUCGUGGUUGAGAGGGAGCCGGUGUUUCGUAUGCAGAAUGCGGAGAGGGUGCAGUGGCAUGAGAUUGUGCUGCAUAGCUGGGUUAUCAAGGCUCAGCCUGAGAAGAGGAGGGGGUAUAUGUUGGAUGAUCUUUGA